GCGUAUCGAACAGAGGCUGGAUGCGAUCACGACCCUUCUUCAAGAGAGGUUGCCGACAAGCAGUGCCGGGGACAGAGCAUCUGAGAGGACGGACAAUUUUGGCUCAGGAGAAAGGAUGCCAUGUGCUCCAUUUCAGCCGGAAUGCAUCAGAUCUCAGGUAGAGGUUUACCUGGAUCACUUUCAUGACCAGCCAUAUUGUGUCUUCUCCAGAGAUAAGCUGAUAAAAGACGCGGAAAAAUUGCCUUCAGAGGUGGUAUUUCCUCUCAUCGCCCUUACCUCUCGACUGGCCAGCAAAGUUUCUGGGGACUUACCGUCAUAUGCGCCAAAUACAGCUGAUUGUACUAAUAUGGCUUGGAACAUCCUGGUCAAUCAGUAUAGAACAGGCAGCCUGUGUCUUCCUUUCCUGCAGGGCACGUUUCUGAUGGCGCAACUAGAUCUCUCCGAUGGUCGGUCAGAUCGAGGUUACAAUAGUGUCGCCCUUGCACUUCGAGCGCUACAGUCGGUCGGGCUGAACAGAAGCGAUGGCUACACCUCGCUUGAGACUACAGCUGAUCAAGAAGACUGGAAGCGCAUUACAUGGGCGUUUUUUAUGCUUGACCGCAAUUACAAUGCCUCCCGGACCUAUUCAAUCUGCCUGAGCGACAAGCAUUUCACAUUACCCUUUCCUUCUCCGAAUGCGUCUGGUACAGACCGUGGAUGCUCAGGCUCAUGUGGUAGGCUGUACGACGGCCCUGGAAAACUAGGGAAAAAGGUAGAUGAUGGAAUUCUGGCGUGUCUCAUUCGGCUUUCCUCUAUCUGGGGUAAGCUCACAGAGUAUGUGUUCGAGCCUUCUGAUGAGGAUAGAUGCCCACCCUGGCAGUCAGGCUCGACAUGGGCAGGUCUCGAGUCGGACUGGAUGCAAUUUCAAACGCACUUCGCGGAUACACACCGCUACAUGAAUGUUGAUUUUUGCCGACGGGCGCGCGAGGAGCCUGACUCGCGUGCUUACUUGUCCACCUGGCUAUGCGUUCAAUUUCUCUUCCAUUCGGUACAGGCAUUACUGCACCACCCAUUUGUCAUCACGAGUAAGCUUCGGCAGUACGGGCGAAACAUCCCUUCUACCUUUCUGCAGAAAUCGUUCGAGAGCUCCGUCAUCCAUUCCAGAUGGAUUGCCCGGUUUGUGCGGGAGAUGGAAGAGGUGGACUUCAAGCUCUACGACCCAUUUAUUGGGUAUCUCUGCGCGAUCGCGGCCACGAUCCAGUUGGAGCAUUCUCAGAGUAAAAAGCGGCAAGUUGCCCGCCUGGCCAAGAAUGACUACGAAACGCUUGUGGCAUUCGUGACUGGCUUAUCGGCGUACUGGGAAAAUAUGAGAGUCUUGGCCGAUAGGUUAAAAGAAAUUGCUGAACGACGCAAGGACUACGGUUCACUGUAUCAUAAUCAGGAAGAGUUCUCCGGCAUUCUUCCCUGCAUGCCAGCCUCGUCUGAUCUACCUCGCAUGUCUGCUGAGGACGAGCGUUUGAUGUGGGAUAUUCUUGACUUUGGUACGUCCUGUAGCUUUGCUAAGGCAUCUAUAUUCGAUGCGUCGAGUUCUUCACCCGACCACCAUAUGGGAGGAGUAUCUGUGCCGUGGCCUCUGGAUGAUUCUUCAUCGACAGGACGUGAUGUAGUCGGAGAGGUAAUGGUUGAUCUUCCAAGACCACGAACUCAAGAGCCUCGACCCUCUACAGACUCUCUUGAGCAUUGUCUUCCUUCGGAGUGGCCGAUAUCAAAUACUGAUGAGCUGGGAUUGGCAAUGCCUGAUGCUGCGGAGUGGUUGCUCUUUGGAGGUUAUUUGCCGGAGCAGUUAUGAUUCUCAACUGCUACCUUGACUAUUCGACAUCUCGGCCCACAGAGCGUAAUCCUCCCCCUAUACCAUAAGAGUGAGUGCGUAUUUCUCGUCCGGCGUGUUUGCGUAUGGAGUGCGAAAU